AUGGCUUCAGGCAAGACUGUGAUUGCUUUUGACUUGUACGGAACCCUGCUCUCGACCGACUCGAUCGCCAAAGAGCUGGCCACACACCUCGGCCACGACAAGGCCCAAGAGGUCGCCUCACUAUGGCGAAGAUACCAGUUGGAGUAUACAUGGAGGCUUAACAGCAUGGGAAUAUAUCGCUCUUUCAGUGAGUGCACGAGGGGCGCGCUGCAACAUGCUGUCACCGAGCUGGGGUUGACUCUCUCGUCCACCGACGAAUCGGAUCUGAUGAGAGCCUAUAACUCACUGCAUACCUUUCCGGAGGUGGCCGGAGCGCUCGAGAGAGCCGCAGAGAACGACAUGGUCGAUGUCUACAUCUUCUCAAAUGGAACUGAUGACAUGAUCCGGGCAUCGGUCACGACUUCACCUGAUCUCAAGCCCCACGCAGGUCUGUUCAAGGACAUGAUCUCGGUGGAGGAAGUCCAGGUGUUCAAACCGACGCGAAACUCAUACACUCAUCUUCAGAAAAGAGUGGGCAAGGAGGAGGGGGCAGACGACCUGUGGCUGGUCAGCGCAAACCCCUUUGAUGUUAUCGGAGCCAAAGCGGCAGGGCUACGAGUGGCCUGGAUCGACCGCGCCGGGAAGGGCUGGGCCGACAGGCUUGGCGAUGUGAUUGGGGGCUUGAAGCCUGACAUCAUAGCAAAUGGAGUGGACAAGGCAGUCUUGGAGAUCAUGGAUGCAUCGAGGAAGUAG